AUGUCGGAUCACGACGAGGCGAGCCAUACUCCACCGGACCCCAAUGUCGGAGAGAAUAUUCGGAGUAACACCAGUAAUGAUGAGAAUGCUCUGAUAUCCCCUCGUACCGAAAGGCUCAUGAAAUAUAUGACAGAUCAGCUUCAAAUAGCGUUAGAACAGCAACGACGUGAAUUUGAGAAACGGUUAACGGAAGAUCGUGAACGUAAUAAUGCUUUAAAACCUGAUGAUAGAGGACAACCAGAUCCUGUACUUGCAAUGCAAUGGAUACAGAAUACCGAAAAGGUGUUUCGGAUCACUCGGAUACCCGAUGAUGAUAAAGUGAAGUACGCAUCCGCGAUGUUCAUCGACCGAGCACUGGUGUGGUGGGAUAAUACGUUCGAAUCCCUUGACCCAAUUACCCAAGAGAAUAUGACGUGGGAAGAAUUUCGAGCUUUAUUCUUUGAGCACUACUGCCCAACGGACCUUCAGAGACGCCUUGAGAAAGAAUUUAUGGAUCUGAAGCAGGGAAAUAUGACUGUGAUUGAGUAUGAGACUGAAUUUAACCGAAAGGCACGGUUUGCUCAACGGUUUAUGACUUCURACCAAGACAAGAUUAAUCAUUUCGUCGAUGGGCUACGACGAGAAAUCUGUGACUUCGUUGCGAACCGUGAUAUUCCGAGUUUUGGUAAAGCUGUCGAAUAUGCUCGACGCCGCGAACAUGAUUUAACGGUACCUAAUGAUACCGUUUCCACACCAAAACGACAAAGAACUGACAGGAUCUUCUCGGCACCGUCACAUAAACCAUCACGACUAUUUACACCAAGACGGGCGCAGACUCAGAACAAUGCUCGUGCUCCUUCUCAAGCCUAUACGUUACAGUCGAGCACACAAAGAGACUGUCGGAGGUGCGGAAAGACACACCAAGGCUAG